UUUUUCCCCUUCCUUUCCCCCCCCCCCCAUUUUUCCCCCUUGCCUAGAAAGGGGGCGAUUUGUUGGAAGUGAAAGUCCCGGACCGUCUCCUCGGCGUUCUAGAACGCGCACCGAGAGUUCCAUUCGGGGGGGGUGAAAGUUCUGCGCCUCAGCGUUCCAAAAAAAGCUUUGAUCGCAGGUGUAAUGCAGACGUCUUUGUGUGGUGGGUCAUGGCCAAAAGCUACGGAUGGCACUAGACUCCUUUAGAGUCCACCCUGGGAUUAUUCCUGGAAGUGCUAAAAGCAUUUAAGAGGACACCUUUGGGACUGUUGCUUCCAGGGGCGCUUCUACAGCAGUCAUGGCAAGCAAAAGGAAGUCGUCAACUCCAUGUAUGGUACGAGCAUCUGAAGCACCGGAGCCCAGUAACCCCAUGGACUACAGUGUAGGAAAAGCACCUGGUGCUCCCGAGCAGGACUUAGAAAAUAAUUUGGUGGCCAGCAAGGAUGUCUUUGAGAAUGACUGUGAAGUGAUCGAGGGGAAAUCUUCUCCAGCCAACCCAACGAGGAAACCCGUCGGUGGUUACGAAUGUAAGUACUGCCCAUUCUCCACCCAGAACCUGAAUGAAUUCACAGAGCAUAUAGACACGCAACACCCCAAUGUGAUUCUCAACCCUCUCUACGUAUGCUCCGAAUGUAAUUUUACAACCAAAAAGUAUGAUUCCUUAUCUGAGCACAACGCAAAGCUCCAUCCGGGAGAAAACAAUUUCAAGCUUAAGUUAAUCAAGCUCAACAAUCAGACGGUCUUAGAACAAUCCAUUGAGGUGACAGGCAGUGUGGUUGAAACCCCUGACUAUGAAGGGGUAGGCGAUACAAACAAAGUAGCUCAGAUCAUUAACCUAGGAAAGCCUAAAGGUGAGGCCAAGAAAGCUGUUGACAGCCAUCUUGAUGGGAUUCCUCAACUUUUUCCAGAUAUCACUGAGCCAAUUACUUGUAUUAAUGGAGCAGAAGUCCUUCAAGACAUUCUGGCCCACGUGAUGCCCUCCGUACAGCUCCCGCCAAAUAUCAACUUAGUUCCCAAAGUCCCCGUUCCCCUGAAUAGUACCAAAUACAAUUCUGCACUAGACACUAACUCUACGAUGAUCGGCUCCUUCAACAAGUUUCCAUAUCCUACACAAGCAGAAUUGUCAUGGCUGACGGCUGCCUCCAAACACCCUGAAGAGCAGAUUCGAAUUUGGUUUGCCACUCAACGUUUGAAGCACGGCAUCAGCUGGUCUCCCGAAGAGGUGGAAGAGGCAAGGAAGAAGAUGUUCAAUGGCACCAUCCAGCCAACACACCAGACCAUUACUGUUCUUCCAGCCCAUGUUGCCACAGCCAAGAUGCCCCAGCCACUGAUUCAGACAGCUGUGCCUUGUCAGAUACUCAGUCAGACUGGCCUAGUUUUGACCCAAGUCUCGAAUGGAUCAAACGUUCCCCCAAUUACCCUUGCUGUGGCUGCGAACCACGGUCAGAAACGGGGUGUGCAGAACCAGCUGGCUGUCCCAGAAGCCAAACGUCAGCAUGUCAACCCAACAGAAGCCUUGGCCAAGCAGAACAUGUCUGCUGCUCCAGUAAGCGUAGCAACAACAACGCCACCCUCUACUGUACUGCCAACGUCAACCAGCGACCGCAAAAAAACCAAGGAACAGAUUGCGGCUCUGAAGGCAAGCUUCAUUGUCACCCAGUUCCCUGACGAUGCGGAAGUUUACAGACUAAUUGAAGUCACUGGGCUCUCAAGGAGUGAAAUCAAGAAGUGGUUCAGUGACUAUCGUUACCGGAAUCAACGGGGAAUCAGCCAUAUCACGAGUGAAUCUGUAGCCAAGGACCAUCUUGCUCUAGGUAGCGCGCGACAGGAUCCCCCCUAUCACCCUUAUCCGGAUUUCAUUUUCCAGCAGUUCAAAGGAAAAACUCAAAAACAAAUUGCGAUCCUUGAGGAAAGUUUCCUUAAAAACUCUUUUCCUACACAUAUUGAGUUGGAAAGACUUAGGACCGAUGCCAGGAUGACCAGAAGAGAGGUUGAAUGCUGGUUUGCCGAGCGAAGAAAACUUAGGGAUAACAUGGAACAAGCCGUCUUAGACUCAAUGGGAUCAAGCCUAAAGAAUAAGGACCCAGUUGCUUCCAAUGGUGCAACAAAUCAAACAGAGCAGGUCCCCAUCUCCCAACCUCCAACGUCUUUGCUUCAGUGCUCCACGGCCUCUGCUCCAAGCAGCCAAGAGCAGGUCCGCUUACUGAAAAAUACGUUUGUUAGAACUCAGUGGCCUUCUCCACAGGAGUAUGAUGAAUUGGCAGCUCAGACGGGACUCACCAGAACAGAAAUAGUCCGUUGGUUCAAGGAGAACAGAAGCUCACUAAGAAUGGGGACCUUAAAAUGGCUAGACCAUUAUCAACAGCGGAGUGUCAUAGAUGAAUGUGCAGAAACUAAGGGUCCAAAGCCACCUGGGCCAAAGAACAACCAUGAGGAUGUUCAGCUAUCCAACAAGGAGGUCCAGAAAGUUGGGAAACUAAGCGUAGAAAAUCCAGAACAGCCUGACGUUCCAAUUAGCCAAAUUAGUCAGGAUGGUGAAGAAAAACCAAUUGCUAGCAAUGUAAAUUUGGUGCGGCUGACUCUAGGUGACGAUGCUCCUUCAGACUGCAUAGAGAGCUGGAACGAAACGGGACCUAAAAGCAAAACAGAUUUUGACUCUGAAAGUAUAUCUGGUGAUAACACUCACACCUAGACAGGCAUUUCAUUCAGCAUUCUAGUCCUUAUCUUUUCACUCUUGUGAGAGCACAUGGUUACUAAUCCUGGGAUCACAUAAGGUCUUCGAAAGUAGGAUAGUCACAUUUGGACUCCAGAAACCACGGGUCAAGGUGGAAGAAGAGAUCCUUUCUGGCUUAUUUGGAGAAGUUUUAUGUGCCAAAGUCCCACUUGGUGGAUUUUU